UGAUAUAUUUAUAUAAAACCAGUACCGGCCACGGGCAAGUCCCUCCUCUUUUUCUCUCCUUUGCAAUCAGACAGUGACAACAAUCCGGUCUUCGAUUUCAACUUUUGUUUGACACAUCAACCCAACGAGAAAGAAGAUAGCCAAGCGAAAAGAAAUACAGAAAGAAAGAGACAGAAGGAAAAAAAUGCAGUACCGACUAGUCUCUAUGCUCGCCGCCGGCGUAUUGGUGGCUAUGAGCAGCGCCGCGCCAGUUCCCUCACCUGAUAAUCUAUCCAUCACCAACCCCCCAAACACCAUCGAGCUCGGCAAGCCCUCGUCAGAAAUCUCCUGGGGCAGGAGCGUCGAUACCGAAGUCACCAACCCCGACGUGGUAGAUAUUUCCCCUCCCACCUCUGAGAUCAUCUGGAGCAAGGAGAAGAAGGCGCGUGGUGUGGAGUUUGAGAAGCCAAAGGAUAGCUUCAACCUGGGCAACGCAAACACGGUCGUAACGUGGGGCAAGCGCGAUUCCACCACUGGUGUCACGCCCGAGGAUACUAUUGAGCUGGGCAAGCCUAGCACUGAGAUCACGUGGAGCAAGGAAAAGCGUGAUGAGCUUGUCACGCCAGAUGAUAGCAUCAGUCUUGGUAAGCCGUCGACGGUUGUGACGUGGUCUUGAAGUCAGGGCGAGUAAGGGGGGUAGUGAUGGUGGUGAUAAAGAACGUCUAGGAGCUCAUUCAUAGCUACGUAUAUGGUUCUAUUCGAAGGGUAAGGAGUUUUUCUUAGUGGUUGAAAGAGUAUGUAGUUUCAUAGGAUAUAC